AUGAUGCCAGCCGACAAUCACACCUCUUAUGCCCCUGUAACAUACAUCCUGACUGGCUUCCCGGGUACGGAGGAGUCUCAAGUCUGGCUCGCCACCCCCUUCUGUCUGAUGUACAUUUCAGCCCUUUUGGGGAACUCUCUCCUCCUCUUCAUCAUAGCGACAGAACAAAACCUCCAUGAGCCCAUGUACCUUUUCCUCUCCAUGCUGGCUGCUGUUGAUCUGCUGUUAUCCACCACCACAGUGCCCAAGAUGCUGGCCGUGUUCUGGUUCAGAGCAGGGGAAAUUUCUUUUGCUGCCUGCCUCACCCAGAUGCUUUUCAUCCACAUCAGUUUUAUUGCUGAGUCGGGCAUCCUGCUGGCCAUGGCGUUUGAUCGGUACGUUGCCAUCUGCAACCCCCUGAGAUACACCACCCUGCUCACCAAGCCUGUGAUCGGGAAGAUCGGGCUGGCGGUUCUCACAAGGAGUUUCUGUCUCAUUUUCCCCGUUGUCUUUCUUGUGAUGCGGCUGAAGUUCUGCGGAACCAACCUCCUGCCUCACACCUAUUGCGAGUACAUGACCAUAUCCCGGCUGGCCUGUGACGACAUCACAGCCAACUUAUGGUACGGGGUCGCCAUGGCUAUUUUAGCAAUUGGCUUGGAUGCUGUGCUCAUUGCUGUGUCUUACGUGCUGAUCCUCAGGGCCGUUUUCCGGCUCCCGUCCAAGGGAGCCCAGCUCAAGGCCCUGCGCACCUGCGGCUCCCACGUCUGUGUCAUCCUGAUGUUCUACAUGCCAUCUUUUUUGUCCUCUUUUGCCCACCGGAUAAAGCACAUCAUCCCCGGUUACAUUGUCAACCUGGUAGCCAACCUCUAUGUGUUCAUUCCCCCCAUGUUAAACCCCAUCAUUUAUGGGGUGACAAUGAAAGAGAUCCCGAAGCAGGUGAUGAAGGUGUUUUAUAGAUGCUGCAGCAGAGGCGCAAGCAACAGAAAUGCCUUGGGACUUGGAAAUUAA